UUAGCUGCCAUAGGGUGUGAGGAGGAGUUUAAAACCCUCUAGCUGCUCGUUUAAAUUAUAUGUUAGUUAUUUACUAUUUAUCUGAGUAUCAUUUAGCACUAACUAAAAGGUUAUUCAGUUCCCUAUGCAAUUGAAGCUGAAUGAGAUGUGGUGUCCCCGUAAGAUUCUAGCUAAGAUUGUCUUAGUUAUGCUUUUAAUAUAAAAUAAAUUGUAUGUGAUAUUAUAGUUCAUCUAUUAACACAUUCUUUUAUAUAUCAAGUUGUCACUUUUAUAAAAUGUUGGUUUUAACCAUUGGAUAGUAUUUGGGUGGAUAUAUAGAAAAAUCCCUUUUGAAUGUGAUGCUGAAGGGAGUUUUUACUGUUUUGAAACUGCUAUUUAUAAUACUUAUGGACUGAUUUAAAAUAUAUUUAUUUAUAUGAUAUUGAACACAUCCAAUAGGCCAGCAUCAUAGUACACAUGAUUCCUCAUUUAUAUAUUGUUUCAACACUUAUUUAUGAAGCAUACACCCAUAUGUGAGUGUUAAGAGAUGCACUUUACACACCUGAUGUUAAUCACAUUAAUUAUGCACGCUGCAGGGGGAUGUUCCUGGGUGGGGGGUAUUUAAGUAUUUUCAGCAUUUGCCACUUUUCACAUCCUGAUGACGGUCCCUUGAGGUACCGAAACGCGUUGAUGUUUGCAUGAUCCAGUAAAAAGUUUUUUCAAGAAAAAUUUGCCGUGAGUGCUUCAUUUUUUGGAUUGUAUGCUUUACUUGGCUAGCACCCGGCCUCAGUGACUAUUGGCGAAGUUUCUGGUCUAGAGAAGCUUAGUUUGGAUGAAGCCACUGGGGUAAGUGCUCGUGUAAUCAUGAGCCGAAGCAAGCGUGACAGCAACUUCUCUGUCUUUGAGAUUGGAGAUUCCACUUUCACUGUUCUCAAGCGAUACCAAAAUCUGAAGCCUAUUGGAUCUGGAGCCCAGGGAAUAGUGUGUGCUGCCUAUGAUGCCGUUUUGGAGAGACAUGUUGCCAUCAAAAAACUGAGUCGGCCAUUCCAGAAUCAAACCCAUGCCAAGAGAGCGUAUCGAGAACUUGUGCUUAUGAAAUGUGUCAAUCACAAGAAUAUAAUUGGACUCCUGAAUGUAUUUACUCCCCAGAAGUCUUUAGAAGAGUUCCAGGACCUGUACAUUGUCAUGGAGCUUAUGGAUGCCAACCUGUGCCAAGUGAUACAGAUGGAAUUGGACCAUGAGCGCAUGUCCUACUUGCUAUACCAGAUGUUGUGUGGAAUCAAACACCUACAUUCUGCUGGGAUCAUCCACAGGGAUUUAAAGCCAAGUAACAUCGUAGUAAAAUCUGACUGCACUCUCAAGAUUCUCGAUUUUGGACUUGCACGGACAGCAGGAACCAGUUUUAUGAUGACACCAUAUGUAGUGACUCGUUAUUAUAGAGCUCCAGAAGUCAUCUUAGGCAUGGGAUAUAAAGAAAAUGCAGCGUGUGUGAUGAGUCACUGCAGCCAGGAAGUGCGUGGGCGUCGCCAGAGAAGCAGAGAGCAGAAGGAAGACGGAGGAGCUGUUGACAUUUGGUCAGUGGGUUGCAUCUUGGGAGAGAUGAUCAAAGGUGGUGUGUUAUUCCCCGGCACAGACCAUAUCGACCAGUGGAAUAAAGUAAUUGAACAGCUGGGUACGCCAUGUCCAGAAUUCAUGAAAAAAUUACAGCCAACAGUGAGGACAUAUGUAGAAAAUAGACCCAAAUAUGCAGGCUACAGCUUUGAGAAACUCUUCCCUGAUGUUUUAUUCCCAGCAGACUCUGAGCAUAAUAAGUUAAAAGCUAGCCAAGCCAGAGAUCUGUUGUCAAAAAUGCUUGUAAUAGAUGCAUCCAAGAGAAUCUCUGUAGAUGAAGCUUUGCAGCAUCCUUAUAUAAAUGUUUGGUACGACCCACUGGAAGCUGAAGCACCACCACCAAAGAUCCCAGACAAACAAUUGGAUGAGCGAGAACACACUAUAGAAGAAUGGAAAGAGCUUAUAUACAAGGAAGUUUUGGACUGGGAAGACAGAGCUAAGAAUGGAGUAAUCCGUGGGCAGCCAGCCCCUUUAGGUGCAGCAGUAACUGAUGGUUCUCAUCCUCAUACCUCCUCUUCAUCAGCUGACGCUUCCUCCAUGUCAACAGAUCCAACUCUGCCCUCAGACACAGACAUCAGUCUUCAAACCUCUGCAGGGACCCUGGGUUGUUGUCGAUGACUUAUUGGCAGGGAGGAGGUGGUGGGGACUUCUAGGGUAGCACAGUUUGACUGGGGAAAAUACAACUUGUAUUAUUUUCUAUUGAAUAUCAUUAACCCCAUAGCUGCCAGAAACUUGUGAUUGCAUUGCAGUUCAAGGUUCUGAAAAAUGGAUUAGAUUCCAGUAACAAUUUAAGUACUGGGAGGAGCCACAACUACUCUUCACCAGAUUUAAAUUGGUUAAGAGGUGUGGUGUCAUUUUUAAUUUUAGUGCUGUAAUUUGAACACUUAAGUGCUGGAGGGUUUGAAGAAAGCUGCCAUAAAUAUGUAUUGUAUUUUUAUUUCUGUUUUGUGUGGGGAGGUGGGCUUAACGCUCCAACUUUUUGAGAAAAGGUCACUUUGGUCCUGAUUGUCUUGAAUUUUUUUUUCUGUUUCCUUGCUGGUGCUGCUCAGUUUUUAUGUUUUAUCUUCUAGAAUUAUACAGAUUGUUCCAUAUUUUUAUUAAUUUAAUUUUGUUUUUUGUAAUGGGAGUAAUUUUCACACAAAAUGCGCCAGUAAUCCUAAAACAGACAUAGCUUUCUAUUUACUUUUGAUCAUGUAAUCAAGCUGUGGCAAUUUAGGUGUUGAUGCAAUCCACUCUUACAAUAUAUUGAAAUUCAUAAAAUAUUUUUAUCGGCUUUCAUAUUGCUUUAGAUUAGAAACCGCCUUUUACAUCUUUUUACCAACACACUGCACUGUAAUGUGCAACUGCCACCUCUGGAAAAAAAAAACAUAAAAAGGCAUAUUUUUAUAUUUCAUGCUUAAAGUUGCAUCCUUAAAUGGAAAAAUAAUUGACACUCAAUUUAAAACUUCGGUGAUUAUUCUAAAGUUGAAUGUGAAACAUUACAAAUGAACACCGGCAGCAGUCUUUAGUGUGCCCUUCCCUGGCAGUAAAUGCAUUUAAUAAUUAUUCAAGAUGAGUAAACUUUUUUAGAUGCUUUUCACAUUUUAAUAAUUUUGUUCAUCCGUGAGAAUGAAUGCACCAGAGUAGCCUCCCUUGUUCUGCCUGUGCAUUGGAUAUACAUGUUCUAUAAUUCCACAGUUUAGUCUUUUUACCCUCCGUGGAAGAGCAAUCUUCACCUUGUUAGAGUCCUUUUCUCAGUCUAGAUGUAUAGUUUCACUGCUUGUUAAUUCCUCUUCUGUUUACGAUAGCCAAACAGAUCAAUCAAUUAAUGGGUUGUGUUCCUGCUUCACUCGCAGAACAUCAGCAGAAAUCAGCGGGUGGAACAGCAUGAACAUAUAAAUGAUUGCUGACUCGUAAUAAAUGAUCAAUGUUGGGGAAAAAA